AUGCAAAAAUAUUGCGAAAUCUGUAAACUACCGGCUCACGGCUCUCACUUUGGAGCAGUCACUUGUCGAGCAUGUGCCGCAUUUUUCAGACGAGCAAUUCUGGCGAAACGGAUUCGCAAAUCCUGCAAACUCAAUAACAAUUGCUCCGAUUUUCGUGGGAUUAAAAUUCCACCAUGCAAAAGUUGCAGGAUGAGAAAAUGUGUCCAAGCAGGGAUGAGUUCAAAUAUUUUAUUUCAGACCUUCAAAUCCAAAAACUCGAGAACAAUAUUCCUCAGACCUUUGAAGUUUGUCUGGGCCAUCCGUCAAUUUCAUUGCUGUCAAAAUCUAGAAGAACAUUUGUCGUGUCAAUUAUCUAAUAAAACAAGGAUUGGAGAUUUUAAAAUUGGGCUCGCCAAGCCCAUUACACCCCGCCAAAGUCAACUGGAAAAAAUGACCUUUGCAAUUUCAAAACCGUCUACCACAUCCAAAAAACUGUCCCAUCUCAAAAAGAAUCAUUAUACUCAAAUCUGGGAGUCGGAUUUUCUUUCAGCAGCAAAAUUCUUAACCCAUUUUGACAGUUUUAUGGAAUUACCUCCUGGUAUGCAAAUGCAACUUUUACAAGCGAUUUGGCACAUUUUGCCCAAAAUUCUAAAAGUUGUGAAAACCGCAAAUUUAUGUCAUGGGAAAUGGGAGAAGCGAGUUUUCCAUCUUCACGAAGAUUUUUCUGUAGAUUUGGAUGAUACGAAAUUCGAUGUCUCCUGGAUGGCCAGUUGCUCCUAUGAGCAAUUUCGAUGCUUGUUAUUCGGAGAAGACGUGAGCACUCAAAUUGAAGAGGGUGUCAAUGCAAUUUAUAAAUUGAACUUAUCGGAAAUCGAAUUAACUUUCAUGAUGUCUCAAUUGUGUUUUGAAUAUGCCUCAAAGCGAUUUUUGGGAAUAGAAAUCGCUGAAGUUUGUGAGAAAUUUCAAGGAAUUCUGGCAGAAGAUAUACAUGAAUAUUAUACCAAAGAUUCUCGGAACGACAACAAUUAUGCAGGACGGUUGGCCAAAAUUUUGAGGGUUAAUCAAGAAAUUCAGAGAAUCAUCCGACGACUUCGCGACAAGACACAUGUGGCUCGAACAUUGGACAUUUUGACUGUCGAUUUUUCUCACCCAGAAAUGUUUAUGGAUAGUGGUUGUUGA